AUGCUCAGUUUCGCCGCAGCGAUGCGCGGGCGCGUCGCCAUCGUGGUUCUCGCGCUUUGCUUUCAAAUUUCGAACGCGCUCGAAACGCCGCGUCUAUUCCCUUUAGACCAUAGACUAUCACGACUCGUCGACUGCGGCCUGACGUUGGGCGUUUCAAAAUGCCUGACGGCGUUCAGUGCGUGGCGGGCGCGGAGGGCCAUAGAGGCGGUUGGAAUUGGCAGAACGACUUCCGAUUUAAACGCGGACGUCGAACAGUUCCCAUGGGAACGUUACGCUAACGCGUCAGAAGAAAAUCUGUACACGGAGCUCUGCGAUGGAACGGAGGGGUUGCUGAAGUAUCGUCGUCUAGCCCUAAAUGUCAACCCUGAGUACACUUUGCAGCUGGGUAGCAACGGCAACGGGACGCUCAACGUUGAUGUCAUUCAAAGAAGCAAUGCUGAUACCGGACGUGGCCACAUGAAGAAGUUAAAGAAGAAGUUCUACAACAUCAUACCGUUACUGCUAGUUCCUGGACUCAUUAUGUCUGCAAUCUUGCCUUUCGUCUUGCCAGCGUUGAAGCUGAUGGUAAUAAAGGUGGGCAUACUCAACAAUAUGGCACUAUCCGGUGCCGUGUUCACUCUUUUGAGGAACAAUGCGUUCAACGACGUGAACCAGCACAAGAUCAUUUACGUAAACGACGGCUAUCACAACGAGAAACAUCAUCCACCCGUGCCAAGUCAUCACCACCACACGGAGUCGAACGGAGAAACAUACGGCGAGAUGUCCCACCACGACGGAGGAUAUUUUCUAGGUGAUGGCAGUGCUAUAAAAGAAGUCUCCGUACACGCAAACUUGCCAUGGAUUCAAAACGGUGAUGAAACCGGCCAUGGAUAUUACACCGACAUUAAAAGGAGCAGUGGCCGAAGGGAAGAAAAAGAAACUUUAAUGUUGAAAAAACUU